AUGGCGGAUCGUGGAGACGAUCUUUUUUUGUUUGGCGAUGAUUUUGAGGCGAUUUUAGACAUCCUUGAUGAAGAUGAGGUGCUACAGGAACAAUUUUCAACUGCUGCCAGUGAAGUAAGUGCAAAAUAUGUAAACAUUUACACGUGUUUGGUCUAUUCGAAGGAUUUACGGAGCCACACGCGACUGUACUGUCACGCGAGCAAACAACAGUAAACAAAGAAUUUCCCGACGUUUUCAGAUGAUAAUUCCCAAGCUAUAUUCUAGAAAAUUUAUAAAACUAUAUUUAGUUUAUUUGGCAGAAGUGCCUUAGAUGCUAAAAAUUGCCUGGGGUUUGCUUUGUUGAGAAGCGUUUACAGAGAAUGCGAUUGCAACCUGACAACAAACUCGACACGACACAAAUGCCUUCAAAAGACGGCAAGAAUCUUAACAUUUGAUCAUAUAUAGUGGAGGCAGACUGUAAUAUGAUAGAACUAUUUUUUUUUUCGUAGGUCCAAUCAAGCGAGAUCGUGUGCAGCGACUGUGGGAAAAAGUAUAAAACAAGAGGAGGAUAUCAAAGGCACCGAGCUGCAAAACACAGUCCAAAUCCGAACGAGCAUCGUUUGACUUUGACUCCAAGCAUUCUAGCUGAGAUUGUACGCAAUGCUUUAAAGAACAUUUAUCAAAGAGAAGUGUUUGCAGAAGAACUAAGGGAGGAGUUAAAACAGUAUGAGUAUGCAGUGCUUGAAGAAGGAACACAAGAAUUCUCUGUAAUGAAGGCAUUAUUUGAAGGCUAUUCAAAAAAUGGGAAUGCUGAGAAAUUCUAUGGCAACUAUUAUGCUCAAGUACCAUUGAAGUCUGCAAUGUUUUUCAAAGGACUGUCUCGUAAUGCUGCAACACUGCUCGCAACCAAGGUAGCUGAUUUUAUUCUCUCCUACUGCAAGGGCAUUAAGUCUUCUUCCGACAAUAACCCACCUUCGGCCCAAACUGUGCUGUCAGAAAAACAACAAGCUGGUCUGCAGUAUGUUGGUGGAUAUGUCUUGCAUAACUUGCAUAAAAAGUAUGCAAGAAAUAACAAAACAGAGAACCAACAGGCAAUGGCAAUCUUGAAAGCUGGUAAACUAGAGCAUGGGUGUCAGAGUCAAAAACUGGUGUCAAGUUUAAGCCGUGGUGGCUUGUGGAACAUUACCAAGUAUGCACAGAACAUUUUCCUUAAAACAGAGCAUCAAUUUAGGCAUUUCACUUCGGGAAACUGCCUGAAAAAAGUGGAUAUUGCUGGCAUAACUCGCAAAUCAGUAACUGACAGUGAUGUAUUGUCAAGCUUUCAAUGUAUGGUUUCUGAUGCAGAGCUGAUCCCAGAAGGUGAAGUGAGCAAAAAUGUGCUGCAUGCUGUUGUAAGCUUGUAUAUAAGGGUGCGCUCAUUUUCAUGUGCUAAGGACAUUAUUCAACACUUCAAAGUGAAUGCAAAGCAAACAAAGGCUAAAGCUCUCCGAAAGGAAAUCAUGAGAACUCAUGACCAAGAACAAUUAAGGCCUGAGUAA